GCGUGGCGGCGGCGAGCGCUUCCGGGUCGGCGGCGUCCCCGCGGAGCGCGGCGGAGGGCGGAGCCGCCGGCGGGGCGCGGAGAGCAGCGGCGGGGCCCGGCGCGGCCCGGCCCAGCGCAGCCGCCCGCCGCGGAGCGCAGCGCCGCCGGAGCCAGGUAUGACUGGCUAGCUGCUGUGCUGCUCUGAUGCCCCAGUACUUGCUUACGCUGUGAUUUCGGAUAACAAAGACAAGUGAAUUACGAAACAUAUGGUAAGAAACCAAAAGCAGCUUGCCUUUAUUGAGUUCUCAAGAACGUAAUCGACCACUUGGUACAUUAUAAAGAUGCAUUAGGAAACUGGAUAUGGUGCCAAAAGAACUCCAUGCGUUUCCAUGACUCUCUUGGACCCUGACUCAGAUACUUUUGGAUAUAUAUUUCUCUUCUAAGAAGAAGAGUGCAUACUCCAAUUCCUCUCUGCCAGCUCGCUGGCAGAGAUCUUUCACUAAGAUCAUGGACCAUUCUAAUAGGGAAAAGGAUGAAAGGCAGCGCACGACGAAAGGAAUGCCGGGAAGGAGCGGGCACGGUUCUCGACCGUCGAGUUCAUCCGCAUCUUCUGGUGUUCUUAUGGUGGGACCCAACUUCCGAGUGGGCAAGAAGAUUGGGUGUGGGAACUUUGGAGAACUCAGACUAGGCAAAAAUCUCUACACCAAUGAAUAUGUAGCGAUCAAACUGGAACCAAUAAAAUCACGUGCACCGCAGCUUCAUUUAGAGUACAGAUUUUAUAAACAACUUGGAAGUGCAGCUGAAGGCCUUCCCCAGGUGUAUUACUUUGGACCAUGUGGAAAGUACAACGCCAUGGUACUAGAACUGCUUGGUCCGAGCUUGGAAGAUUUGUUUGACCUCUGUGAUAGGACGUUCACUUUGAAGACGGUGUUAAUGAUAGCCAUCCAGCUGAUAUCUCGAAUGGAAUAUGUGCAUUCAAAGAACCUCAUCUACCGAGAUGUCAAGCCAGAGAACUUCCUUAUUGGCCGGCAAGGCAAUAAGAAAGAGCACGUCAUUCACAUCAUAGACUUUGGACUGGCGAAGGAGUACAUUGAUCCUGAAACCAAAAAACACAUACCUUACAGGGAACACAAGAGCUUAACUGGAACAGCAAGAUACAUGUCCAUCAACACUCAUCUCGGCAAAGAGCAAAGUCGUCGAGACGAUUUGGAGGCCCUUGGCCAUAUGUUUAUGUAUUUCCUCCGAGGCAGCCUGCCCUGGCAAGGAUUGAAGGCUGACACCUUAAAAGAGAGGUAUCAGAAGAUCGGGGACACAAAGAGAAACACUCCGGUUGAAGUUCUCUGUGAGAACUUUCCAGAGGAGAUGGCCACGUACCUCCGCUAUGUUCGGCGAUUAGACUUCUUUGAGAGACCAGACUAUGAUUACUUGCGAACCAUCUUCACAGAGCUGUUUGAAAAGAAAGGCUACACCUUUGACUAUGCCUAUGACUGGGUUGGCAGGCCAAUUCCUACUCCAGUGGGAUCUGUUCACAUAGAUUCUGGGACAUCUGCAGUAACAAGAGACAGCCACGUACAUAGGGAUCGACCAUCGCAGCAGGCCCACCGCAAUCAGGCACCAUCAGAUCGCCGAGGAGAGUGGGAGAUUCAGCCAAACCGGCAGACGAAUACCUCGUACUUGACAUCUCACUUGGCUGCAGAUCGGCAUGGAGGAUCAGUACAGGUGGUCAGCUCGACCAACGGGGAGCUGAAUGUUGAUGACCCGACAGGGGCGCACUCCAAUGCACCGAUAACAGCGCAGGCAGAAGUGGAAGUGGUGGAGGAAGCUAAGUGCUGCUGCUUCUUUAAGAGGAAAAGGAAGAAGACGGCUCAGCGUCACAAGUGACCAGUGCCUCCUGGGGCCUUGCAGGAACACCACCUGCACCUGCAGCUCCUGCCAUGUCUUACUGGAAGGGGCUUCUCUUUAGGGGGGAGGAGGAGGCAUAGGAGGAAGAGAAAAAAGUGACAUUUUAAACCAAAAAGAGAAGAAAACGUUCCAAAACAAACCACUCUGGGGUGGAUCUGCUGAAUGGUCUCCCUCGUUCACUCCAAGCCUGAAGCUCCUUUUGGGACCAGGACUGUGGCUGGCUCAGGUCUUGGUCGCCCUGGGAGGGGGGCUGGCUGGCUGACCCUCCUUCCCGUUGUUUACGGCGAAGGCAUCGUUCAUGCAAACCUGAGGACUGUGCUUAGUUCCUGCUCACUUUACUCCCCUCCCUCCCCUGUGCUCUCUGGUUCUCUGUCCUCCUCCCUCCUUAAUUAAAAAAAAUACCAUAGGCUUGAUUGGCUCUCAAGAGGGCAGGAGGAUGCAGUCUGGGCAAGAGAGUUUUGUGGGAGAAAGGCCUGACUGCUGCAGCAGUAAGACACAGGUUCCUUUUUAGGCUCCUUGGGAACAGUUACACUGUAAUGUGCAAGCUGUGAGAAAUUUGCAAUCUACUGUUCCAGUUAGGUUUUCUGGCUUCCUUGACACCUCCCUCCUCUGAUGGUAACAGAGCAAUGUGGAUUGUUUUAAAGAAACUGACGUCGUUGCACUUUUUAUUAUUUUUAGCAUUACAGAUGCACAUUGUAUCUGUGGAUUUCUGCGUGGACAAGUGAGGCCAGCGCAGACAGACAUUCAGCUGGGAAUACGGUGGGGUGCAAAGAAUGCCCUCAAACGGGGAUGUUGACAACAUCCACACAGCCCUCAUGCCAGUCUGGGGUUCCCAAUGCCCGUUUUGGGUCAUGUGCUGGGGAAAGCAUACUUGAAUUUUCAAUCACCCUUUCUAGCUGCCAGUGAAUGUCCCUACCAUGGUUUCCUACACCGUGCCUGAGCCAACCAGCCUGGAGACUAGCCUGGCGUUGGCAGGAGGGAGCGGCAUCAGCUUUGCUGAGCUGGAGGAGUUUGCACUGGCUAAAGAUGUAGAUCUGGAUUAAGGUAAAUGGAAACCAGAUGUUUCCCAAAUCAUAGGCAUUUCUUGGUGUGUGGCUAGGCAACUGGGUAGCCUUCUCAAAUCCCUCUGGUAGGGUGGUUAUGAAUACGCACCUUCUGCAAGAAAAUGUUAGCAGGGGCAAAGCUUCCCCAGCAGGGGAGAGGAUACUUCACUGCCUUAAUACUGAUUUCAUCUCCAGAUGGUCAGAUAGGUUCGACUGGAAUAGCCUUCACGUCCUCUCUGUGAGCACAGGCCUGGCGCUCUGCUGGCCUGGGGCACGUGGGAUGCUCUCCCACCCUGGAGGGGAAGCCACAGUUCUCAUGCACCGCUUUUGAGCCAAACCAAUAGCUAGCAAAGGGCUUGGAGCACUUUGCACAAGUGUAAAAUCUUGCAUCCUACUGCAGCAUUUCCAGACUCUGAGGAGGCCGAGGCUGCUCUGGGGUUAUCACGGAUAUGGCAGGGCUCCAGGUGAAUUCAAGCAGCUUCUUUUUUGGGGGGGAGGGGGGCGGGGGGAGAGGGUGUUGCUGUGAAUAGGUUCCUUAUGCGUUGUCUUUCUACAUGUGACAUCUGACUAGGCUGGGACUGUUCACUUGAGUGAGGGACUUCAUUUGUCAGAAAGUUGGGGCUUGCUCACUCCAGUCCCUGAAUUCCCUGGAAAGUACGAAGGGAGGAAAGGCAGAGACUAAAUCUCAUUAUCUGUUUUUAAAUGAUGAUCUGCGUAGCUUGGAAUUCAUUUAGUGGCACUUACGGAAGGUUUGGUUCCCCUUGCUGGGAAAAAGCAUGCUUAGGGGGCAAGGGAUCAUCAUGAGCAGGGAGCUUCUCCGCUUGCUCUUUGUGCUUCCUGGAAGCAUGCAAACGCACCGGUGCGGUGUCAGCAUGGAGGAGCCUCGCUUCUGUACCAGGAUCCCUCCGGGGUUUCUCUUAGCCAUUCUCUUCUGAAUUAUCUCAAUGCCUUAUUCUGACAGAGCACAGCUCUGAGGCUUGGCUGCACCUGCCUCUUUCCCCCAGCAGAAAGUUAAGCUGCAGGCUGGCUUGCUCUUCACUCGCUCACCCCCCAGGAGAUCUGUACACCCACUGCUCCCGUUCUGCAAAAUGCUUUCCUUUAGGUGUAUCGUGGGCGCAGGGGCAGGAAGGGACUGUUCAUCUCCUGCAUGUGAAUGCUGGGGCACUUGGUUCUCUCUCGCCCUCCCACCAGAGGGAGGACAGGGACCACUGCUGUGUUCCACCACUCUCUUUUUGAACUCCUCUGCUGCCGGUGACUCCCAGGAAGUCCAGGACCUCUGGCACGGGCGUUGCCCUCUCUGCUGUAGGAAACCAUGGUUUGGCGUCUUGCGGGGGGGAAGGGGGCACAGGCGCUCCCCAGGGAGAGCGGUCAUGUUCUGCAGAUUGAGCUGGGCCCUGACACACACUUCUGUUGCUGCCCUCCCAAGCCCCACUAAGUGCCUGUCACCAGAACUCGAUUCCUUCUGCAUCUCCUGCCGUGUUUGGUCAUUCCUCGCUGCUUCCAGUCAAGGGGCAGCUUGUAGUUGCAGCGUAUGUGUUUGCAGGGUGAGGGAGGGCGGGAAGAAAAGGGGCCAUCUCAACAGUUUUUGUUCUUAAAUGUUUUUUUAAAGUGAAUGUAUUUGAUUGUUUAGAAACUUUCCUGACCUUGUUUUUAAGUGGGUUGAUUUGAAAGCUAUUUCACAAUGACCCGCUACUGCUUACUCUGGAGAUACAAUGUUCUUUUAAUCCUAUGAUGAUGUGUUUGUAGGGGAGGACUGUCUCCCCACGGCAUGCUGGUAAUGCUCACUUGUACCAAGCCCUCUUGCACUAUAAUCGUACGUUGGACUCUCUAAAAGGGCAAAGAUGUUUUGUUGGGUUUUGUUGUUGCUUUUUUUUUAAGGCAGGUAAACAGUAAGGCCUGUGCUUGAGGAAACUGCUAACCCCAGGGAGUUUGGAGGUGACCAGGAGAUACAAGCCAGACUGAGCCAACCAUUCUGUGGUAGGAAGUAGGGCAUUAAACCUGCCUGGGCAACCUCUCCUGUUCUCACUGGAAGUUAACUUAGUACCUGGGAUAUGCCUGUGCCCCUUGCCCACGGAAGUGAGGGAGGGGCUUUCGGAUCAGCUGCCUACCACGGAUGUCAGGGAGCAUUCAGCGUCACGCUGGGGUCCCAGAUGUAGUUCUCCCAUGGUGUGGCCCACCAACGUUGCGAUGCAGUCUUCUGAGGUAUCAAGUGAGAUUUUUUUUUCAAUAAAACAUUGCACUGCUGCAUUGUUCUCCAUGAAUAGAUGUAUUUAUUACCCUUUCCUGAAAACACUUAUUAGACAAUAUUUGCUUUUCCUUUGCUUCUCUUGGACUCUCUUGGUAACCCUCCCCUCCUGCAGUAAGCUCUGAACCCUCCGUUGAGGGGAUGGUGCAUGGCAUGGGAGCUUUUGAACACUUUGUGCUUUAAAGCCGUGAACAGUUCAGCCCCCCAGAGCUUCGCUAAGGAAUGAUGACACCAAACACUGCUCCCUGUCUGCCCAUCCCCACUUCAGGCAUCCUGGGUAACAGAGAAUGGCUAAGCGAUUUUUUGCUUUGAACAUGAGCACGUGAACCAACCAGAAAAUGUGCUGGCCACAUGUCAGGUGGUCCCGAUGUCUCUGGAAUAGCAUCUACAGCUGCCACUUCAGUGGCAAGGCAUCAAGUGUGUCUUCCGCCAAACGGAAGGGCACUAUGUAUGCCUGUCUCCUGGGCAGGGCACAACGGAGGAGCUUAAACAGCUGAGAAUCCAGCACCACCUCCAGCUGACCUUAGCCCACAGCAGAGCCCCUGGGCAGUAUCAGCACAUGCAAUGCUGAUAGCCAUGCCUGUGGAGGAGGGUGGCAAUGACCUGUACCGGACUGUUGUUGCCUCGAGUGCCUUCUUCCUCUGGGAGUCUCUCCAUUUAUCAGGCUGUUACGUAGAAAGCAAAAGCCCUGUGUCACAGAUGUGAAUAGCUGGAAGGAACUGACUCCCAGGAUUAUGAGGUUUUCCAGCAUGCAAAUAGAUGCUGCUUAUUUAUUCUCAAUACAGUCAAAGAAAAGCACUAAAGGAGAUGCUACCUAUUAGCCAAAGAGAGCAUCUUUGAAAAGCAGCUUUCACUAUAGCUAGACAGGGAGAGCACCUGUAGUGUGCUGUCAGUGACGAUUCCCACUCUUAGAUACUGCUUUGUGCCAGGGUCUGCUUUGUUGGGACACUUUUCUCCUUCUGUUUCACAGCCUUAAAUGUAAUAUUUUUAGCAUGAGCUUUAAUUUCCUGUUCCCAAAAAGUACUCUUGGGACAUUUGUGCUCUGAGAAGGAAGAAAAAUCUCAACAUUUCUUUCCAUGGCCCUUGGAAACCUUCAUCUCUACCAGGCAAUUCUGGUAACAAUUAACAAACAGGUAAUGUACUGAUAUGCCACUGAGUUGGGCAUGCUUAAGCCCGCAGUGGUGGUACUCAGCUAUAGAGAAUAUGCCAGGAAGCGUAAGCUGAGCAUGCCCUUGAUUACUUUUGGAGGAAGGGGUGUUUAAACCCCAACAGGAACCAACAUGUGAGGACAAUAUCCAGCCACAGCAGCCAUUGUGUGCCUCAUGAGGCCUGCUGACAUGAGCAAGGAACCACGAAAAAGGAUGCGUUUGUGAAGGGCUCUGGGUUUUCACAGCCCACUUGGGGCUUGAGUUCUGACAAGAGUACUACCUUCCCCUCUUUGGGAGGAGGACAGCAGGCAUCUAAUAUAGGGUUAGACUAAGUGACUUAGAAGCAAGUGUCCUCCUGUGCAGGACUCACAGUUUUCAGGAUGUCCAGGUGUGCCAUACUCUAGGAGUUCUGCUGGACUUGAGUGACUGUAGAUUUCUAGUGUGAUGCGAGGAACCAGCUGGACAUACUUGGUUUCUCAAGCUUUGUUGAAUUGUAUGGUAGGUGAUUAACACUGACCCACAUCUAUUUGAGUAGACAUAAAAAAUGUACUUCCCACAUAUUCAACUAACUCCAGUAUUUGCGAACAAUUGUGCUAAGCUGGACACCAGCACCUGAAAUAAACUGCAAACACUUCUGUGUACCAAAUCUGGUAUUUAGAGAAACUUCAACCUCUCUGAUGAAAAUCUUUCUCCUUUCUCACUCCUUUCUUUAGCUUUAUCAUACAGUUUCACCUGCUCUUCAUCAUGCCCUAAGUCUUUUCUGGGCAAGAACUGAGGGGCUUUAGCAUCUUUACUGAGUAUUAAUGAGUUAGGAGGGGGAGAUAGGGCAACUCCAAACAACCCACCUCUCUGUCCCCCCAGCACUGGGGGCUCCCACCUGGCUGUCACUGCUUUAGGGGAUUGUUUGCAUUUCUUUCCCCUGGACAAAUGGCAGGUGAAACCAGUGGCCACAGAGAGGCAGGGCAAAGCUUUAAAAGGUGAUUUGUUUUAUCCUUUUGGGGAGUGUCUCAGGAAAACAGUUGAUCUUUGCAGCAGGGGUUUGCUUCCCUGUCCACACCAGGGCAGGAGUAACGCUAGGGCCCUGCCCUCCUCGGUGCUGGGCCUCGAGCGGCCCCGCAGCUGUGCCGAGGAGGGCCUCGGGCACCGGGGGACUGUACCGAACAGCCCUGCGCCCCUGUCCCCUAGGGGUACUGUCAAGGGCCGAAUGCCGGUGGAAACGGUGACGAGCUGUAAUUUAUUUUGUCUGUUUAAUCCUUCCCUUUGUACGUGCAGGAGGGGACGGGAUGUUUCUUGCCAGUUUUUUUUUUACUGUAAAGUACAUAAACCUCAACUGUGGACUCCUUUCUA